UAAAUAUGCCACCAUUACCUAUAAACCCUACCGCGGUACCAAUUGCCUUCAUAAAUGCUAUAUUAAAAAAUGAAGGCGAUGGUAACGAUCGUGACACAAAUCCUGUCAAAGCCCAGCAAAACAAAUUGUUAACGUCCUUUGCUGAAAAGGAAAUUAUCUUCGCAUGUAUUCAAAGAAUUGAUGACAAAAUUCGUGAUAUUAAGGCUGAAGUAUACAAAAUAAUUCUCGAUCGACAAGAUAUAUUCAAUAAGCUUUAUGAUGAAUCUGUUUUCUUGCGCGAUAAGAUAGAUACUGUUUUCACAGAAGUUGAUAACGUGUCUCGGGAGAUCAACGAUUCUGAGGUUGGAAUGAAGCCCAAACUCAUUACGGCAUUACAAGAAAAUCGUGUAAUAAUGCAGGAAGUCCAUAGUACUAGAUAUGUGGCUGAUACUUUAGAAUAUUUGAUCGAAGUACAAAAUUCAGCUAAACGUUUUCAAGAAUAUUUAGCCCAAGGCCGGAUAGAAGAGGCGGCCGCUUCAAUUACACAUAUGGAUAGAUUGUUAGAAUUUCCGCCUAUACAAACAGAUCAAAAGAUCCAUAUUUUUGAGAAAUUAAAGGAACAACUGACAACCAUGAAAGAAACACUAGAUCAAAGUCUUGAUGAUCUUUUAAGUGACUCAAUUUCUUUUCAAAAAUUUGGUGAUGACGAUACUAAUGGAGUUAGCCUUAUAAUCUUUUCCUCCGUCCAAAUUAUCAAGGCUGAAAAAAAAUGUAAUGAAAUAUCUUAUAAUCCCAUUAUUGAAAAAUCGUGA